CUGCACAGUUGGGUCUCCUGACAAGCUGUGAGGCAUCCCUCUCCUAUGUAGAGACCAGACCGAAAGCUGUUUGGGAAAGAAAAGCGCAAUUAGCAACUCCAUCCAGGGCUGACUUCUAAAUGCACUUUUGUUUUUAAUAACCACCGUCAACUCAGCGGGCUCCAUCCAGGGACAGAAACCCUGCGGGCUGACCCUGACUUACCACCUCCCUUGGGGCCAGCUGUUCCCAAAGCCUCCAACCAUAAGGAAAGGGGACGGUAGAUGCGCCCCCUGAAGAUGGUGACUCCUUCCUGAGGAGCAGGUCACUUCUUACAAGACAAGGCCUUCUGCACAGUUACUGGGCUGAUUCACCCCAGGGGACCGCCAGCCUUUUCUCAUCAACAGCUGAAGUCCUCCACCCCGUUUCAGAAAUUUAAAACACACUUCCUCAGGGUUACAGAAAUAGUUAAUAAGCCAGACUGCAAGACGUCAAAGCCUCCUAUCUUAUUUAAUAAUCUGAAUACAGGUUCAAGGAGAAUAUGAAAGUAUUAUUCAGGCUUGUUUGUUUCAUAGCUCUACUGACUUCUUCUCUGGAGGCUGAUAAAUGUGAGGAACGUGAAGAGGCGGUUAUUUUAGUUUCGUCUGCACAUGAAAUUGAUGCUCGUUCAUGUCCUCUUAUCCUAAGUGAACACAAAGCCCCUAUAAUUUGGUAUAAAAAUGAUGGCAAGACACCUGUAUCUACAGAAAGAGACUCCAGGAUUCAUCAGCACAAAGAUAAACUUUGGUUUGUUCCUGCUGAAGUAGAGGAUUCAGGAUAUUACUACUGUGCAGUGAGCAAUUCAACUUACUGCCUCAAAACUAAAAUAGCUGCAGAGUUUGUACAGCAUGAGCCUAACUUGUGUUACAAUUCACAAGCCGUAUUUACACAGAGACUGCUGAUUCCAGGAGAUGGACAACUUGUAUGUCCUUAUUUGGAUUUUUUCAAAGAUGAAAACAAUGUGUUACCCCAAAUACAGUGGUAUAAGGAUUGCAAACCUCUACUUCUUGACAAUAUAAACUUUGUUGGAAUAACAAACAAACUCAUCAUCACGAAUGUGACUACGGCGCAUAAUGGGCACUAUACGUGUCAUGCAUCCUACACACACUUGGGAAAGCAGUAUCAUGUCACCCGGGCUAUAGAACUCAUUACUCUAGUGAAAUCCAGGAACAAGAGACCUGAGAUUGUGAGUCCAGCUAAUGAGACGAUAGAAGUGGUCUUGGGAUCCUGGCUCCAACUGAUCUGCAAUGUUACCGGCCAGUUGAGUAACUUUGUCUACUGGAGGUGGAAUGGGUCAGCAAUUAAGGAAUAUGAGCCUCUGAUGAUGGAAGAGUUUACACACAUUCAGAAUCCUUUAAACAAAAGAAGGAGUACAGUCAUCGCACGGCUUAAUAUUACAGCAGUGGAAAGUAAAUUUUUUCUACAUCCAUUUGUCUGUUUAGCCAAGAAUACAGAAGGAAGGAGUACAGCAUAUAUCCAAUUAAUACAUCCAGUCCCUGAUUACCAGACACCCACAAUUGGUAUAUUUGUCAUGUUAACAUUGGUAAUUACAUGCUCUGUUUUCAUCUAUAAAGUCUUCAAGGUUGACAUUGUGCUUUGGUACAGAGAUUCUUUCUAUGAUUUUCUCCCAAAAAAAGCUUCAGAUGGAAAGACAUAUGAUGCAUACAUACUAUGUCCAAAGACCCCUGGGGAAGGGUCCACCUCUAACUCAGAUAUUUUUGUGUUUAAAGUCUUACCUGAGGUCUUGGAAAAACAGUGUGGAUAUAAGCUGUUCAUCAGUGGCCGAGAUGACUACGUUGGGGAAAGCAUCGUUGAGGUUGCUAAUGAAACCAUAAAGAAAAGCAGAAGACUGAUCAUCAUUUUGGCCCGAGAAAUAUCAGGAUUCUGCUGGCUGGGAAAUUCAUCUGAAGAGCAGAUAGCCAUGUACAACGCUCUCAUUCAGGAAGGAAUUAAAGUUGUCCUUCUGGAGCUAGAGAAAAUCCCAGACUAUGAGAAAAUGCCAGAAUCCAUUAAAUUCAUUAAGCAGAAACAGGGGGCCAUACGCUGGUCAGGGGACAUUAGAGAAGGGAUGCAGUCUACGAACUCGAGGUUCUGGAAGAGGGUCAGGUACCACAUGCCAGUCCAGCGGCAGCCGCCUUCAGCCAAGCACAAGUUGCUGUCGCCAGCCACUCAGCUGGACUCUAAGGAGAAACAGCCACUGGAGGUCCAUGUGCCCCUCGGGUAGCAGAGAAGCUUGGUCAAGAGUUCCUUGGUGAUUCCUGUCUUCAGGCAUUGCAGGCGGGGCUGGGCCUCACUGACUUGUACAGUCAUACCACAUACCUGUGUAGUCCCUUAUCCCUGAGGUCACCUAGAAUUGGAUUGUUAAGGGAGCAGUAUGUGGUGACAGUUGCCCUGUGGCCAGGGCAACUCAGAGCAGAGGGCUUGGGAAGUCCUUUAACAAGGCAGCAGAUGCCCUGUCUGAAUGUUUGAACUGCUGAGAAAAGGCACUGGGGCAGCAAACAAGAGGAAUGAACAUGCAGGAAAUACCUUCUAUAGACAGCUUUAGGAAGUCACCCACAGUCUGAGGGCAGGGCUGUGGCCCAGUCUGGGGACAGCAGGGUCACUGGUCCUCGAGUGGUUCUCUUGGACAUUGCUGCAGGCACAGUGAGACCCAUACUUCCCAGGGAAAUUAGAUGCAUUCUUGGAGAACUUUCCAUUUGCCUUGCAUUUCCCAUACCCCUUGACAGCUGGCAGUCACUUUCCAAAGAUAGAAUUUCACUUCACAGACCUUUAAAACUGUCAUUUCAAUGAACAAAGGACUUCUCCAGUAUUAGAAAGGUUUGCAAUAACCUGAGCUUUCUGCAGGAGAGAGAGAGUUUCAAGAGCAAGAGUUGCAAAGAAUUGAUCCACCUCUUAAUGCCUUCCCCCUGGAAUGACCAUUCGGUUCCACCUUAUUCUUCUGCAUUUUACUUGACUCGUAACUUCUUUGGAAGGACAACUUCCAAGUCACCUCCUCCUUAUACUUUGUCAUACACACACAGCCCCAGAUGAACCAUCUUUCCCACAAUGCUGCUCUGAUCUCAUCCUGCCCUUACUAGAAUACUUCCACCAGCUCCUCCUGGUUCAGUAGCUAAAGCCCAUGUUCUCCCACUAGCAUCUCACCACCCCAACACAGCUGGACCCCUCUUGGUCCUGCUCAGCGAAUCCCAAGUUGUGCACCUUCAUACCUGCCCCCAGUGCCCCUCCAUCUCCGCCUCUCCUUCCUGUCUCCUCUGACUGGAAAUUCUCACAUUUUCUCCAACUGACCAGAAUUUUACUGAAACUCAAAAUUUACUCCAAGUCACUUCCUCCAAGAUAUUUCCCCAAGAAACUGCCCUAAGGCACUUGCUCUCUUUUUCUCAGUCUGAUUAUACUUAUUGUUGGCUGUCACUUUAUGGGAAGUUUGUUCUGUCUCCAGCUAGGAGCCCUGCUCUCUGCAGGAGAGGUGUGGGUGUGUCUCUUUGUCAGAGGUGCCUUCAGAAGUAAUUUGCACAUAUAACAGAUUUGUGUAGUGCUUUAUUGUUUAAAAAUGUCCGCAUGGGCCUCCCUGGUGGCGCAGUGGUUGAGAGUCCGCCUGCCGAUGCAGGGGAUACGGGUUCGUGCCCCGAUCUGGGAGGAUCCCAUAUGCCGCGGAGCGGCUGGGCCUGUGAGCCAUGGCCGCUGGGCCUGCGCAUCCGGAGCCUGUGCUCCGCAACGGGAGAGGCCACAACAGUGAGAGGCCCGCAUACCGCAAAAAGAAAAAAAAAUAAAAAUAAAAAUGUCCGCAGAUUAUCUUAUUUAAUUUUUGAAAAUCUCUUCUAAGGUUUCCUCUAACCUCUUCCUUUCAGGCCUUCCCCAUUAAUUAGAUUUUACUGCAUUAUUUGAUGGUAAGUUUUUUGUUUGUUCUGGUCAGCCUAACUGUUUAAGUUUGCAAAUGCAAUGAAGUGUUUCAUUUCCAGUUGUUAAAACUGGCUUAGCAGAAUUUUUAUUUUCCCCCUUCUGCCUCUAUUUUAUUUGCAAUAAAAGAAAGGGUAUUGAGCCAUUUUUCAAUGAUAUUUUUGAUAAAUUAUAUUUGUACUGGUUAAUGAUGAAGGUUUUUUUUAAAAACUUGUUUGUAUAAUUCUGUAGCAGAUACCAAAUAUUUUUAUAUAGUAAGAUGCCAGAUUCAUGUACAGCACAUAUCACUGAUCAAUGGACUGUACUUAUU